AUGGCGGACACACGACAGGACGAUGCUGCUUAUGUGCUUGGACGUAUAUGGCAUCUGAAACACCUAUUUUGUAUGAUCUGUAAGGCACCUGUGACGGUGAGCGGUUGUCGUGCUUGUCCUCAGGAUGGCUGUUCACCGAUUUGCAUUGACUGCUACAUGGAAACUCAACAUCCUUGUUGUGAAGGUACAUUAACAAAGUUAACCCUAAUAACCACAACAUGCCGUUCGAGUAGUAGGCUCCCACACCCACACAGUUCCCUGGGACGAUUGAGGGCUGGGUUUUUUCAAGACCGUAAAGCAGAACACUAUUCAUUUGCGCAGAGACAUGAGCACUACACUUGUACCCUUCACGUAUCCCGAAUUCUCGGUCAAGUAAAAAUGGAGGCUUGCAUGUACGACUUUUGUGCCUUGUGA